CGUUAGGUGGGCGGUGAAGAGAGCUGAGAGAAAGCGGCGGAUGGCAGCGGAGCUGAGGAGGGGGAUGAAGGAAAGGGUGCAGGAGCUUAGACCAAUCGCGACGCGUCAGUGGGAAGAGUGGGCGGGGCAGCGAGCGCGAAUGAGUCCCGGCCUCCUCCUCCUUUCCCAGCCGGCCUGGUCGAUUCACUUCCAGCCGAAGAGGGAUCCUUCCGCCUUUGGAAUCACACACACUCACCACACAUAACGGCGGCGAAGGAGGCGGCGGCGGCGGCAGCAGCACUAGCGGCAGCAGCAGCAGCACCGUGUGUGCCUCCGCCUAUUGCCUACCGCGGGGGUUUCUUUUGUCGUGCUAGUGGCCGUUGGAACCGGAGAGGCGGGGGAGGAAACGGCACGGCGGCCGGGCGAAGCGGGUGGAUUGGCCGCCGGGGGGAGGAGGAGGAGGCGGCGGCUGACGGGAAAACAAGGGAAGAAAGGAGGAGGGCGGGUGAGCAGCGACGGCGGCGGGCUUUUCUCCUCCGCCCUGCCGGAGAGGGGGAUGGAGAGAGCCGGGCUGAGGCGGAGGGAGGGAGCCGCCCCGUGAGGGGGAAAGGAGGAGGGUGGGAAAUCAAGAGGAGGCCUCCACUCCUCAUCCGCCAAAUAACGGGCCUAGGCCCUCCCUCAGCUCCCUCCCUCCCCCUUGCCCCCCCCAUUUAGCCUCGGUUUCUGAGGAGGGGGGAGAUUAACACGUGAGGCCCACCCGGUUCCCUACCCCUUCUUUUCAUGCCGGGGGGGUACCUCAGCCCCUCGCCCGCCGCCCUCCUCCGCCCUUCCCCCAGCCUCGACCAUCAUCAGCCCGUUGAGGAAGACCCUCGCCCCUCCCCCACCUGAUCAGGGCCCCCUUUGGCCCUCCGAUCGAGGCCUUCUGCUGGGGUCCUCACUGUUCUCUCCCUCUCCCUCUCCCCCAUUGGGGUGCUCUGAUUUCGUGCUUGGCCCCAUCUCUGAGGGUCCUCUACUUUUAUACGCUUUUGCAGCCUUGCAGAAGCUGCUCUGCCUCUGCCUCCCUCUCUCCCUCCCUUUUCAGGUCCUGCACCCUUCAUUAAUUUGGUCUCUGCACUUUUACCCUUAUUAGCAACCAGAUCCUCAGUCCUAGUUUCUUUUUCUUUUUGGGGGUGGUGGGUGGGGGUGCUCUGUCUACCUUUCCCUUCAGUGUUGGUAUCUGUGCUGCCUCCUUUUACAAACCAACAACCAAAACCUCUUUCAGGCUAGGCCCUAUUAGCCAAGUCUCUAUCUGGGUCUGGUCUUUAAAAAAAUCUCCCCUCCUGUGCAACACGUCUCUGGCCACCCUCUGCCCUGGGGGGUUCUGCUGCCUCUGGUGGCAGUAGCUAGCAGCAUGGUAGAGAAGCGGUGUCCACGACUGCAGAGAGAGAGUGUGUACCGCUGGUUUUCUGAGCUGCCUUCUCCUCAACGGGUGGAGUUCCUUUGUGGCCUGCUGGACUUGUGCAUCCCACUUGAGUUACGUUUCCUGGGAGCCUGCCUAGAGGACCUGGCCCGCAAAGACUAUCACUCACUGCGGGAUUCUGAAAUCAAGGCCAAUAACCCGGCUGAUCUGGGCAGCCUCACCAACCUGACGGAUGAGGUGGUGCGCAGCAAGCUCUUGGUCUCACUUGCACUCCUGGGCUCAUCCCACCGGGAAGCAGCUGGCGUCCUCUUCCGCACCCUCACCCAUAUUGACUCUGUCAUCAACAACUAUGGACUGCAGCUCAAUGAGGGUCGGACUGGGGAUGAGUUUUUGCUGCUCUUCACCAUGGCCUCCAACCACCCUGCCUUCAGUUUCCACCAAAAGCAGGUGCUGAGGCAAGAGCUCACCAAGAUCCAAAACAUCAUUGCCAGUACUAGCAAGAGUCCCAGCACUCCCACAGCUAGCAACAUGGGAACUUGUCCUGGUUGCCACAAGGUCACUCCAAGAUCUGAGACCCCCAUAAACAACAUCGGUAACAGUUUAGAAAAUGCACUACAUACAUCAGCACAUUCCAUUGAGGAGUCAUUACCCAAGAGGCCUUCAGGGAAACACUCCAAAGUGAGUGUUGAAAAAGUGGAACUAAAGGGAUUAUCGCAUAGGAAGAAUGAUAGGAACUUUGAAUAUUCCUUUGAGGUCUUAUGGUCUGAUUCUUCAGUGACAUUGGUAACAAAGUCUUCUGCUGAAGUGACUGAAUUCAUUUCAAAGUUAGGUCAAAUGUACCCAGAAGAAAAAUUGGAGAAAUUCAUUCCAUGCCUAGCUGGUCCAGAUUCAUUUUACUUAGAAAGAAACCACAUGGACCUGGAAUCGGACCUUAGGUAUUUGGCAUCAUUACCUUCCCACAUCUGGAAAAAUGACCACGUCAAGAAAUUUUUCAGCACUUCAUCUCACUCCCAGCAAUUUCAAAGUUCAAGUCCAGGCAACACUUCCCUUUAUAAAGUAGGUACGACGCUGGGUGCUUCCGGAAGACCUAUCUGUGGCGUAGCUGGUAUCCAGUCUUCACAGAACAGUCUCCAGCAUCAUGUGCAGCAUCCAGCUGCUACACCUGUUGCACUCCCCCACUGCACUCAUACAGGUGGGGCUGCAUCCUCACUCACUUGCCGCUCCCAGUUGGAGAACUCUUCAUCGGUAUUGACUCCCAGUCCUCAAACCCCCCAGGAACAAAAUGGGAUUUUAGACUGGCUGCGGAAACUACGCUUGCACAAGUACUACCCUGUUUUCAAACAGCUCUCAAUGGAGAAGUUCCUGAGCCUUACUGAAGAAGAUCUGAAUAAAUUUGAAUCCCUUACAAUGGGUGCAAAGAAGAAGCUCAAGACCCAGCUAGAGUUGGAAAAGGAAAAGUCUGAGAAACGGACCCUCAAUCCAGCUACAUCUCCUUCCUUGAGCACUGGGGUGGCCAGAGUUCCUCCUACCACUCAUAUUGGUCCUAUCCAAAGCAUUCGUGGUAACCAUACAGCAGAGUUACGUGUCGAUGUUGAUCAGCCAACCCUCUCAACCCCCCGCGAAGGAAGCUCUUCAGAAUACUCCAGCUCCUCUUCUAGCCCCAUGGGAAUCCAUACCCGGGAGGAGAGCUCAGACAGUGCUGAGGAGAAUGAGAGACGUAAGGAAAGCUGUCUCGUUGUGUUGCAGCAUCUAACGCAUUUAGGUGACUGGUCGUACCUGACAUCUGUCUAUCUUGUAGGUUUAGAGGUCCACUUGGAAGCCUCAGAAAAGGAGAAGCCAGUAAUGUUAUUGAAUCACUUCAACUCCAGCUCAGCCAGGCCCACUGCUCAGGUUUUACCAGUGCAGAAUGAUGCCGUGUCCAGUCCAUCCGGUCACCACACCUUGCCAGUACAGAUGAUAGCUGCAGGCUCCCCUCACAUCACUCCAAUUAGAAUACUGAACUCUAUGCACAAAUCAGAGCGAGGGAAUACAGACAUGAAGCUCCUUUCGUCAUCUAUGCACUCGCUUUUGUCUUUAGAAGACAGGACAAAAUUCUCACCUGGCACACCUCGAAGUGGCAUCAAGAUGGAGAAGAACUUUGGAAGUACUGUUGUGGAUGGGAUGCCAGCCUCUCCCCAUCAGCCCAUGCAAGUGCUCUCUGGAGUUUCUGAAAAUGGCUCCUCUACACCUUCAAUUAACUUUGGUCCAAGGGCCAAAAUGGUACAUGCUUCCACUCUAGACAGAGUGGUGAAAACAACCCAGCAGCCGGGAAUAAUAGUGGAAACAAGCACCACAGCCACUGUAACUUCCAGCACCGUCUUCCAUGUGGCACGACCCCCCAUAAAACUCCUGGUAUCCUCUUCGGUUCCUACUGAUUCAACCAUUGUGGGGCAGCCUUCCUGCUCCAGUAAUAUGCAAUUCAGUGUGUCCCCAGCAAUAAUAAACCCCCGGACUGCUCUCUAUACAGCCAAUACCAAAGUGGCCUUUUCUGCCCUGAGCAGUAUGCCAGUAGCCCCAAUGCCCAGCAGCAGCUUCUGUGCAAAUAGCAACACUGCCUCUUCUAGCCUUCACCCCUCCACAUCCUUUGCAAAUAUGGCAAACCUACCCAGUUGUCCUGCUCCCAGCUCCAGCCCCACGCUUUCAUCAGCUGCCGAGAACAAUUUCUACAACAGCAGUAGUAGUGGCUCAGGAGGAAGUAUCCCAGUACCAAAUCAGAAUCACCACCAUCACCACCACCAUCAGCAGCAGCCUCCUGGAUGCAUGGUGUGCAGUUCCUGUGGCUGUAGUGGGAACUGUGGUUCAAGCGGCAUGACUGUCAGUUAUGCUAAUUACUUCCAGCACCCCUUUUCCGGACCGUCAGUGUUUACUUUCCCAUUUCUGCCCUUCAAUCCACUGUGCAGCAGUGGCUACAUCAACACACAGCAGUACAACAGCAGCUCAGCCUUCCCUAUGGUUCACUCUCCUUACAACAGUGGCAUAACACCAGACUCUGUCAUGAGUGGGCAGUCUACGUUUGCAGUGCCACCAAUGCAAAGCUUUAUGGCAAGUACAGCAGGGGUGUACCAAGCACAGGGGAUGAUGAGCAACAACAGUGGUACAGGCCAUAAAAAGAAUGGGAAUCUGUCCUGUUACAAUUGUGGAGCCAGUGGUCACCGAGCUCAAGACUGCAAGCAGCCACCAAUGGAUUUCAAUCGACAAGGUACAUUUCGGUUAAAAUAUGCUCCACCAGCUGAAAGUUUAGAUUCCACAGAUUGACAGUAACUCCAUGGACUUCAUUUUUUGUGAUGGCAAAAGCCCAUGGAGUAAUUACAGAAUUUCAAAUUGGAAUCUGAGAAGUCCACUUGUUGAGCUUAUUAACAUUAUUUUUUUAAUCCAAAGGUGCUCUACUUCACUACACUAGGAAGAAACUGAAGCUUAGGGGUUUAUCAAACCCAUUUUUACUGAUUUGCCAAAAUUAUAACAUGGAUCUUAAAUGUUGGACCUUCCAGAUGGGAGGUGAAACUGGCCAACUACCCUUUUUUGUUGUAAACAAACUCCUGCACUUUUGCUGAAGAAUGUUGCCAUACUUUGAUCUUCUGUGCUGGAAACUCGAACUCCCGGGCAGCUAUGUUGUAAUCUGGAGUGAGAGCUAGAGGUUGACGGUACAGUAGCCAUUUGCCUGCUGGACUCUGACAUUUGAGGCUAGGUAAACAUGUCUACUUUUUCUCAAAAACUAAUCAGGCACUACACUCUGGGAUUUUAAAGGAUUGCACUACAGAAGAAUGUAUAAUUCUAUCUGCACUUUUAGCAGACUGAGAUCAGUGCGAGAGACGUUCCAAUGGUUGGAAAUAGGCACCAGCAGGCUAUGUGAACUUCUAAUAAAGAAAUCUUAACCCUCCCUCUCUUCCAAAAGAACAAAGGUAGACGUUUCAGUUCAUUCUAGAAAUGGUUAUGCUAUGCUUGUCGGCAUUUAUUUGUCAGUCAUGGAUUAAACUUACGUUUCCAAGGGUCUAGUGCCAGAGACUGAGCUCAAACAGGUCUUUAAAAAAAUACUUUUCCUCUACAACUUUCAAAUCUUACCAUAUAUUAGUUUCUGCCACAGGAAACAGUACUCUACCUUUGAAACAGAGUUUUAAAACACAGACUCCUGCAGCAGAGUUUGCAAGUUGUUGCUUUACUUUGCAUAGCAAAAGUCUUUCUACAAGGGCUCUUGCUUACAGGAUAUAGAAGUCACAAAGUAAGAAACAGCUGUACAUCUUAACCACAACUCGGGUUUGUAGUCUGCCUCCUUUAUUUGAAAUAUGUAGAGUAUUGGCUUUGAUGUUAACUAGUUAGAAUUCUUUUCCACUAAAGCCAGCAAAGCUCAGAACUGAAACAUUGUAGACCUACCUGGUCAAACGGAGGCAUACCUUUUUGUAUUCAUGCUGAAUUGGUUGUAGCUAUCUUCUUUCAUUGAUAGGGCUGAAGUUUAAACUGCCCCACAUAGGACAUUUUAGUGGCUGUGCACAAUAUGUUACUAUGGAGGUGGCAAAUGAGUAUUUCUGCUUGAAAGUAUUGUAUGGUUGAAGGUGCAGGGAGGUGGGGUUGGCUGUAUCACUGCACUGCAUAUCCAUGAGGUAGUAAAACAGUGGAUCUUGUGGAAAUAAUGGUAGGAUUGACAGAAAACCAGGUACUCCACUAUUGUUUUCUAUAUCAUCAGAGAUAAGCUCUAUUAUCCUUACCUGUUGCCUUUAAAAACAACCUGGUGUAUUCUCUUGGGUGUAGGCAUUCAAUGGGUUUUGCAUAUUCAACUCUGGGAGAAGCUUAGCAUGAGCUUCCUGCCAUUUCUCAGCUUCAUAGAGACCAAGUCCAAAGUUGUAAAAACACAUGGUUUGUAGCAGCCCUACAUCCAACUUCAGUUAUUUCUAUGCAAUGAAGUGCUAGACUUUCAUAUCCUCAGUUUGGCUUUACCAAAACAGUAUUACAUAUAGGGUUAGAUCCAGCCCACAAUAUUUAAUUAUGCGUGUAAUGACUGAACCUCUGAGACGGCUAAUAGAGGUGGAUACCAUUAGGAAACUUGUAAAACUACCAGAGGUAAUGAGAACUGACAGAGCAAUUUACUUUGCCUUAAUGACCCUGAUUGACAUCAGCAGAAACAUGCCACUCUGUACUAAAUCUGUCAGUUAUUGUUUACUCUUAAAAGUUGGGAGCCUUUCCAUUGGCCCAAAAUGUGCCAAAAGCCAAAUGUAUCAGUUCUUAAACAGAAAUAACCCAACACCAUACAAACUUUCCAGGAUCAACAGAAAGCCUUUAUCAGGCAUUUAAAUUGGAAAGUUUCUAGAAACAUGGCCCCAUGAGCGGUAUGAUGUUCAGAAAUAUAGUUUCCAUUCAUAUAAAAAGAAAGCUGUCUCAGCUAACUGUUGGGCUGUCAAACAAAACUUUUUAACUUAACUAGUGGACAAGUGGAAUUACCAGGGGAAAGCUUUGGAGAGCCAAUUGCCUUGUUCGUUUCUAAAGGUAAACAGACAUACAAAGGCAAGCCUACAUAGUGACUUAAUUUUAUUAAAGCUGUUCUCUACUAUUACAUCCACAAAGUGGCUGCCAAUGUUUCAUACAGGCAGAGGACUUUGAAGCAAGACUCAAGUGCAAGAGGAAUGGACACUAGCUGCAUAGAUCAUAGUUUGGCUGAAACUUUACACUAGAGAAUGUAACUUGCAUCAUGAAGAGAGCAUAAAACAGAACCAUCAAAAGCCCUUGUCUGUAUGAAACAAACUAUGUACUAAAAACUGGCAUGGCAAACUGCUGGAGAAUUGCUAUUUGCAUAUAACUAAGGUUUUAACUAGGCAUGACUUAGUUAAUGGUAAAUUUCUCGAGCAGUAUGCGGGCCCAUGCCUGAACAAAGAAGGGUCUUUUUUAAUUAUGUCAAACCCUUUUUUUCAUGCCAUCCUAGAAUUCUGUUAGAGACACCCAAAUGUAAGCCACCCCAAGUAAAAGGCAAGUUAUUCAAUGGGUACAAUACCAUUUUUAUGGGAAAAGCCCUAAACUGAGGCCAACUUAAUUAUUUUAAGGUGGGAGGGAAGGGUGGGUAUUUUGUUUUGCUUCUGAAUAGACACUUAUAAGCCUCUUAAGCUGCUUUACUUAGAUAUGGCCAAAGGCAGAAUUAAAAUAGUAAUUCAGAAAGCAACAAAUAUUCAAACAAUUUUUACUCUUCCAACUACCUUUGGAACUAUUUCUGCAUACUAACUUCUUAUAAACAUAGGAAGAGCCUAUGUCUUGCAGCACAGGUUAACAUCUUUCUUUUCAGAAAUAACUUUCCAUUAGGAAUGAAGGAAACACCUCUGCCCAUUUCGAGCCAUUUCUUUUACAUUAUAUUACAAAUGUGCAUGUAACUUUAUAUAAAUAUUAAAAGUUUUGUAAAUAUUUAAUAUCCACCUAAUUUGAUUUUGAAUUGUAAAUGUCAAGUAUUCUGGUAUUUGAAUUUUUAUGUUUUAUUAUACUUUGUUAAAGGUAAAAUUGUACAUUUUUAGAAUGUUUUUAUCUGAGUAAAUUUAAUGUACUGAACAAAAAUUAAAGACUAUAGUAGUGUCUUUUCAGACAUCCUCACUUUUAAUAUUUUUUUUUCCAUUUUCAGUGGGAGGCUAAAGAAAACUUACUGCAAGCGCAGCAGGUUCAACCAAAGGCUAACAUAAACAUGCAUUGUCUCAAAUGUGGCAGCUGUAGACAGGUACUGCAGAGCUAUCCAACAGCAUUAUCUGCAAGUUGUCCAUUUUAGGUAGGUGCUUUGAAGGGUACAGAAAAGCCACACUGCAGCCUGGGAUAUCAGUUUCUUCCGUCAGGAGCUUUUCCAUGUUCUCAUACAGGUACUUAAUUCUCAGUUGUUUCAUUUGGAAUCCAGUAUCUUGCCCACACUCAGAAAGCAGGCAGUGUUGUUUUUCAUAGCUCAAGCAUCUUCACAAGUGUCAUUAGUAUGGCCACAGAAUCUCCUACUUUUGUGACAAUGUUCUAUUCUGCAACAGUAGUAAAGGAAUCUGAGCCAAAGUUGUGGGAGGCUGAAAGCUUUUGUUCAAUUCUGUCUACUGCUCUUCAUAUACAGCAUUAAGAUCAUUUUAAAAUGGACUUGUAUAUAAGCUUAACUUCUAAUCAAGUUGAGAUGGAAUCAUCCAUUUCAGCACUUUAAAAAACAAAAGAAAAAUCAACAUUUAUACAAGAGCAGCCAUUAGCCCAUUGUAAGGAUGGCUGUCUUAUGAAGAAAUAGUAACUGAACAGAAGACUUAAAAAUUUUACAGUGAAGUAAAAGCUCACAGUGAACUUGUUAGAAGCAAGGAUUGAACAGAUGCAUGCAAAGGUAGAAACUGCAUGUCAUAUUGAUAUUUUACAGCAUGUCAAGAUUUAGCCUCUUUUCUCCACAUAAUAAAAAUUUGUUUGCUAUAACAUAUAAUUAAAUUCACAUGCAUUAAUAUACAAGGAUAAGUCUUAGCUUACUACAUUUCACUGUAUAACAAAUGGGGAAGCAGGACACUAUCUGAAUUACUUUCCUUUUGCACAGGACAUACCCUGUUUACUGCAAAAUUUAAUUCCCUAUGCAACUGGAAGCAGUGAUCAAGCUUCUUUGCAACUUUAGAUAUUGCCCAGUCUAAAACAAAGGGAAAAUCUUUUUGAGUUUUGAUAGUUUGAAAUGCAGCUAAAGGAAACAAGGACUUUCUGCCAAUGAGGAAAUACAAAAAUGUUCUUCAUGUAUUUCAAUGAAAAUCAAGAACUUGGGUAGCGAGGUUAAUAUGCUAAAUAUAAAGAAACAUCAACAGCUGUGAGGCUUGCCAAUGUUUACUGUAUUACUUUGGCAAUUGGCUAAUCUUAAAACCCUGCUACCUCCCAAUGCUUUCUGACUGACAAAAUGAAGUCCUCUUUGCUGAGGGUUUGGGUUGAUUUAAUUAGAAUAAAUUUAACAAAGUGUAGAACAGAAUACCAAACUCUGGGUAGACUGAAGCUUUUCUUUGACAACAGUUAUGUAUAUAUUUCCUAAAACUAGCAUAAAGCUGUGAUGUUUGGUAUAUAAUAAUAAUUAGCAAUCUGAUGUUUUGCCUUCUAAGGUAACAGUACCAAUGAAUUAAUGCCCGCCCCUUUCAUCACAUGCA